AUGGCAUUAAAAUUUUUUAAAAGAUGGCCAUGGAGAUUAUUUGUUGAUGCUUGUGUACAUGGUACUAUUGGAUCUAUAGGUGAUGUUAUAUGUAUAAAUAUUGGUAUAUAUUCAGUUUUUAUGUUUCAAUUUUUUAAAAAUUCAAUAAAAGAACAAUAUGGAGAUGAUAAUGAUACUUUUGUUAAUACAGCAUUCUCAUUUUUUUCUUCUGCUGAUAUUAUUGGAAAUUUUUUAAUUGGUGCAAUAUAUGUUUAUUUAAUAAAAUGGUUUGGAAGUUUAGAUACUUUUAUUCGUGUACGUCAUAUAACUGUUCAAUUAAGUUUUUUAUCAAUGUUAUUGGCUAAAUUAUGGAAUUUUUAUCAAUUAGCUAUAAUUUCAAGAAUAUUAUUAGGUGGAUCAAUGUUUUUUGGUAUAACUGAAAAUAUAUUUUUAGCUGAAUGUAGUGGUGAAAAAUAUAAAGAUACAGUAUUAUUAAAUUUAAUAACAUACUAUACAGUUGUUGGAAUGUUACUAACACCAUUGGCUCAUGAUAAUAUAUUUGGUAAUGAAGAAAGAUGGGUAUAUUUGUAUAUUUUAGGUAGUGUUGUAUCAACAAUUUAUCUUAUCUAUACAUGGAAAACACCUGAAUCACCAAAAGAAUUGUAUAUAAAUUAUAAAAAUCCAAUAGAAUCAGAAAAAUCAUUAAAAUAUUAUCUUGGUAAAAAUGUUAAUGUAGAAGAAUUUUUUAAUUCAUAUGAUAAAGAAAUGAAACAACAAGUUGAUGAUGAAAGAAUGUCAAUAUGGCAAAUUUGUAAAGAUAAACAUUUAUGUAAAGUUAUGUUAUUACUUUUAGGAGUUACAGCAAUGACAUCAAUAUCUUUUUAUAUUUUAGUUAGACCAUUUCUUCAAAUUAUUUAUAUGAGAUAUGGUGCUUCUAUAAGUACAAGUACAUGGCUUCAUAUGUCAUUUCAAAUUAUUGGUAUAACAACAUCUAUUGGAGCUCCAUGGGUUUUUAAACAUGUUGGACAAAAAAAAAUAAUAACAUUUUAUGGAAGUGUAAUAAUUUUUACAUAUUGUUGUAUACUUGGAGCUGAAUAUAUAAUUUCAUAUGAUAAAGAAUCAAUGGUACCAUUAAUAUUAUGUGUUGUAGCAUUAUUAUCAGAUCGUGCAUCAAUUGGUAUAGGAAGAAGUAUGAUGUCAACAAUUUUAAUGACAGAUAUGACACCAAAUAAAGCAAAAGAUGCUAUGGGUCAAGCAAUAACAGUAAUAUAUAAUAUUUUAUUAGUUGUACAACAAUUUACCUAUCUUCAAUUAUUUGAAUGGUUUGGUUCAAAUUUAUAUAUAUUUUAUGUAAUACUUGAAAUAACAAUAUUUUUAUUUGUUAUAAUAAAUUUACCAAAACCUAAAAAAGAUAAAAAUAAUAAUGAAAUAAAUAAGAGAGAUGAAGGAAUUCAACUUGUAGAACAAAAAAGAAGAUUUAUUGAGGGAGAAAUAUACUCAUCAACUAAUAUAAUAUUAUAA